AUGCCUUCAAUAGACGACUGUAUUUCCGGUAGGUCCCUAUUGUCCUGUUUGCUUUUGCUCUGUCUACGUUUCCUCUCUUCACACGACCGAUGCCGCUUGGCUGUCGUCUGUAGAACAGACAAUCUGGCCAUACCGGCUGAUCUACUUUUCACUCUGGCCGCCCCGUCCUGUCUUUGUCUACCGGCAGCAUCAAUUGCCCACCCCUCUCCUAUUCGUCUACGGCUUGCCUCUACUUUUCGUGUGCUUGUUCACCGCUCGUUGGCAGGCUUUAGUGCAUCCCUUGGUCCUAUUUGUCAGAGCGACCCCGAUGAACGCACUUUAUCCAGCGUCGUUACGUUGACUUGGUACAUUCCCAGACGUUUUGCCGGCGCCUUGGUCGACUUCUGUUGGGUUGUGCCUUGUAGGUAUCUGUUACACGACAGACGAGAGUUUGGCAACGGUUCAUCAAGUAGGCAGCACGGUGCCGUGAAGCAUGUGGUGCUCUCUCAACGAUACACCAAACAAGCAUAA